GGUGCACCUGCCGCAGCCAUGCUGAAGCAGAGCGAGAGGCGGCGGUCGUGGGGCUACAGGCCCUGGAAUACUACAGAGAGCGGGGACGCGCCCCAGGCCGGGAGCAGCCAGCACCGCAGGAGCGUCUGCUCGGUGGGGGCCCGCUCCGGCUCCCUGGCCAGCAUCCCGCCGUGGACCGAGGGCAACUAUAACUACUACAUCGAGGAGGACGACGAUGGGGGGGAGGAGGACGAGCUGAAGGACGACCCAGGCGAGGAGGACGGGCGGCUGGAGGCCGCCCCCGGCGCGCAGCCCGACAGCCGCGCCGCCCCUCCCGCCGCGUCGUCCACCCUGAACGUGAACGUGGGCGGCCAGAGCUACCGGCUGGACUGCUGCGAGCUGGCCUGCUACCCCAAGACGCGCCUGGGCCGCCUGGCCACGUCCACCAGCCGCAGCCGCCAGCUCGGCCUGUGCGACGACUACGAGGAGCAGACGGACGAGUACUUCUUCGACCGCGACCCGGCCGUCUUCCAGCUCGUCUACAACUUCUACGCGUCGGGCGUGCUGCUGGUGCGCGACGAGCUGUGCCCGCGCUGCUUCCUGGAGGAGCUGGGCUACUGGGGCGUGCGGCUCAAGUACACGCCGCGCUGCUGCCGCAUCUGCUUCGAGGAGCGGCGCGACGAGCUCAGCGACCAGCUCAAGAUCCAGCGCGAGCUGCGCGCGCAGGCGCAGGCCGAGGAGGCCGAGGAGCUCUUCCGCGACAUGCGCUUCUACGGGCCGCAGCGCCGCCGCCUCUGGAACCUUCUGGAGAAGCCCUUCUCGUCCGUGGCCGCCAAGGCCAUCGGGGUGGCCUCCAGCCUCUUCGUGCUCGUGUCCGUCGUGGCGCUGGCGCUCAACACCGUGGAGGAGAUGCAGCACCGGGCGGCGCAGGGCGCGGGCGGCGGCGACCCGCGGCCCAUCCUGGAGCACGUGGAGAUGCUGUGCAUCGCCUUCUUCACGCUCGAGUUCCUGCUGCGCCUCGCCUCCACGCCCGACCUGCGGCGCUUCGCGCGCAGCGCCCUCAACCUGGUGGACCUGGUGGCCAUCCUGCCGCUCUACCUGCAGCUGCUGCUCGAGUGCCUCACGGGCGAGGACCAGGCGCGCAGCAAGGGCGCGCCGCGGGAGCACGAGCUGGAGACGGUGGGCCGCGUGGGCAAGGUGGGCCAGGUGCUGCGCGUCAUGCGCCUGAUGCGCGUCCUGCGCAUCCUCAAGCUGGCCCGCCACUCCACGGGCCUGCGCGCCUUCGGCUUCACGCUGCGCCAAUGCUACCAGCAGGUGGGCUGCCUCAUGCUUUUCAUCACCAUGGGCAUCUUCACCUUCUCGGCGGCCGUCUACUCCGUGGAGCACGACGUGCCCAACACCAACUUCACCAGCAUCCCGCACGCCUGGUGGUGGGCCGCGGUGAGCAUCUCCACUGUGGGCUAUGGAGACAUGUACCCAGAGACCAUCCUGGGCAGGUUUUUUGCCUUCCUCUGCAUUGCAUUUGGGAUUAUCCUCAAUGGGAUGCCAAUUUCCAUCCUCUACAACAAAUUCUCUGAUUACUACAGUAAGCUCAAAGCCUAUGAGUACACUGCAAUGAGAAGGGAAAGAGGAAAAGUAGAGUUCCUGCAGAGAGCCAAAAAGAAGAUGGCAGAGUGUCUAGCUCGAACCCACCCACAGCCCACCCCAAGGCAAGAGAGUUGAUGUUUCCUAGGAUGCGUGGCUGGUAGACCCUAUGAACCUCAAGGCUUCAAUUCUCCUUCUUUAUAUUGUCAGAGUUGGCAGUGCAAGGACACGUUUAACAGCCAUACACGAAAGGCAUCCAGUUCAGAGUUCUGGCUCUAGAAGUAUUCAUUUUGGCCCCAAGUGGGACCCUGUCAUUUUUUUUUCUUUCACUGUGGUGUAGGAACCAUGACCACCCCCCUCCAGUGACAUCGGUCCUCAACACUCCUAGACAGGAGCACCAUCUUAGGUUUCUCUUGCAAAUUCUCAUGGUGUCUCAAUAAAUAUUUUCGGAUUUGAGUUGAUGUGAGAAGAGUUUCCUUGAAGAAAAGAAAUCCUUCAUUUUCUAGUCAGAGAGAAUGUUGCAGCCAUGAACUAGGUAAGCUUUGGAGUUAGACCAACGUCAAUCACAAGCCCUGAACUACUGGCUGUGGGGUUUAGGGCCAUAGCUUUAAAUAUCUGAGCCUCAAAAUAUCUGAGCCUCAGUUUCAUCAACUAAAAUAUAGGUAGUAAGACCUACCUUGUAAUUAUCAGCAUGGGGGUUGGAAAUAAUAAAUGCUCAAUAAAUGGUAGCUGUUAAAUUGUUUGCAUGAGUGUUCUUAAAUAUAUUCUCUAGACUGGUGGUUCUCAGCCCAGGGACAUUUGUCACCCCAAGUCCCUUUUGCCCCUAGGACAUUUGGCAAAGUCUGGACACACU